UGGAACUUGACAGCGAGCGUGCAGGUACAAACUCUUUCCUUGUGAGCUGACAAAGUGUGACCACGUAGCGCAUCGAGGAACGGUUGGACGAAAUGGACGCUCGCAUGCAUUGCAGCGAGUGUCGGCGGCGAAACCAGCUGCUCAUGUCGGGAGGAGACUGGUUUGUCGAACUGGUGCCGCUGCCCAAGUGCAUUCGCGGUCGUCCUGGUGUUCGAAGACGUGCAGCCCCAGUCGGAGCAACUCCGCCACAAUCCAUUCAAAACUUGAUUCGCACGUGGACGGCGGUGCUCCAACUCAACACGCAUCAGCAAUUCAACCGGAUUUGGUCGUUCUACAACGACUCCAGUUUGGCUCGUGCACGCCGUAGUAUUCCUGAGCGCCGACGCGCGCUGAUAGCCUUCUUGAGCUGUUAACAUAAUGAAAAGUCAAUUCGGU